CUGGACAGAGCCACGGCCACCCUCCUCCACGCCACCAUCCUCUUGGACUCCAUCAACCUGAGCCCGGCCGCUGGCAAGGUGACACCCAGGGACGUGGCGUGUGUCAAAAAAAAACGGCUGCCAGCCCGUGCCACCAUCUUCCAAACACUGCAAGCCACCAAGUUUGACGUCUCGGGGCUGACGACGGAGCAGAUGCUGCGGAAGGACCUCAAAGUCCUCUCCAGCGAUGAGCUGGUCCUCGCCAUCAGUGCCAUCUACGUGGACCUGGAAACCUUCCUGCACAGGCCUGGUUUGCUGCAGGACCUGGAUGCUUUCUGCCAGGCUCGGGGCUACACGGGGCUGGUGGCCAUGGUUGUCCCUUACAACGAGGGCAAGGAGCUCACCCGGCAGCUCAUGGUCUACAGCCAGCGCGAGACCUUCCGCAGCGCUGUGUGUCGGGCGCUGGAGGAGGCGACAACACCAGCCCUGCUCCUCCAGCCCAUCCCCAGCCCCUGGUCCUGCGUCGCUGCCUACAAGCAGGGCAACACUUUGGCAUCGAGGAAGAAGGUGCUGCCCAUCCUGAGAGCAGCCCUGGCGGGGCCUGGUGCUGCCCUGGGGGGGCCGGAGGAUGAGGUGGUGCCACCCCCGACCCCCAUGAACAGCCUGGUGGAGGAGUGUCCCCUGGCACAGGCUGUGCCUCCCCUCUGUCCCCAGGACGUCCUGGAGCGCGUCAGCCGCAUUGCAGCCGGGCAGCCCCCGGGCUCCCCAAAGUAA